CGGCGCGGGGAGCGAGCGGUGAUUGGCGGGCGGCGGCGGCGGAAGCGGAAGCGGCCGGGGCGCGCAGGCGCGGUGGCAGCCCGGGCCGAGGGGAGGGAGGCGCCCGCCCAAGAGCGCCAUGGAGUCGCGGGGGGAGCCGCAGCCGCCGAACAGAAUGAGCCAGGGGAACUCAAACCCAGCAGCAGUUCCACAUGCCGCUGAAGAUAUUCAGGGAGACGACAGGUGGAUGUCACAGCACAAUAGGUUUGUCUUGGACUGCAAAGACAAGGAGCCUGACGUGCUCUUCGUGGGGGACUCCAUGGUGCAGUUGCUACAGCAAUAUGAGAUAUGGCGAGAGCUCUUCUCACCGCUUCACGCAUUGAAUUUUGGGAUUGGUGGAGACACCACAGGACACGUUCUAUGGAGGCUGAAGAAUGGUGAACUGGAGAACAUUAAACCGAAGGUUAUUGUUGUUUGGGUUGGAACAAAUAAUCAUGAAAACACAGCAGAAGAAGUAGCAGGUGGAAUCGAGGCUAUCGUGCGCCUGAUAAACACUCAGCAGCCACAGGCCAAAGUUAUUGUACUGGGCCUGCUACCUCGUGGAGAGAAGCCAAACCCACUGCGGCAGAAGAAUGCCAAGGUGAAUCAUCUGCUAAAAGCCUCGCUCCCCAAACUGCCCAACGUCCAGCUUCUGGAUGUGGACGUCGGCUUCGUGCACUCAGAUGGCACCAUCUCAUACCACGACAUGUUUGAUUUCCUGCACCUGACGGGAGGGGGCUAUGCAAAGAUCUGCAAACCCCUCCAUGAACUGAUCAUGCAGCUGCUGGAGGAGACCCCCGAGGAGAAACGAGCUUCCCUGGCCUGAGCAGUUGAUGUCAGCAUUAACAGCAUCAUCCAGCCCAUCAGAUCAGUUCUGUCACUGGCACUACAGAAUCCUUCUUUCUUAAAGCACUUUCCAUUGUAGAAUGUUGCCGGAUGUUCGUACCUAGUGUUUUUGAGGGGGAAGGCUAAUGUUUAACUGGUCUUGUACAUCUGAGGGCCGGCUUGGUUGGUUUUAUUGCAGGAGGAAAUUAGCUGAAGAAGAGUUUUACUUUUAAACCAUUCCUCAUUUAAAACGAGAACAGGACUGUCACUCUGUGCCCCUCUCAUAUCUUGUUGCUCUGUGGUUGUCCUAGAACCCUUGUAGCCUGUCCCUGACAGCCCAUGCACAGCUCCCAGCUCACCGUUCCUGGCUGUAGGGAUUGUGCUCUGUGUAUUAGCCUGUGAACAAGAAUCACAUUCCACUUGCAAAAGCCAGAACAGAUGCAUUUUUCCAAACUUGGUCCCACCUUAUAAAGGUUUUUUGGUUGGGUUGUUUUUGGGUGGUUUUUUUUGGGGGGGUGGGUGGGGUGAUGUGCUUGGGUUUAAGUGACACGUGUUGCUUUCUCACUCCUUUCUGAAGCAGCAUGAAACUGGAAUUCUGAAAUGUAAAGAAACAAACGGUUAACCGAAUUCGUGUAACACUCCCAGGUGCUUGUUCUUGUGCUUAUUUCACCAUGCCUGCUAGCCAGGGCACCUUUCCUCCCACGUAGCUUUCCCUGGGGGCAGUCUCAUUCGAAUGCUGCUGGUUGUCCAGUUCUCUGCUCCUGUCUGCGUGUGGUGUCGCUGGCUUUUAACAGUUGCUCAGUUUAGGAUUUUAAUUAUCCAGGAAACACUGCACAAGGCAGUCGCUUCCUCUUUACUCUAGAACUGACCUUCCAUUCCUCUGAGCUGCCUGUGCCACAGGGCUCUUUGCAGUGCUGUUUGUUGGUUUUUGGGUGUUUUUUUUUUUAAGUAUGUGACUGUUACAUCCUUUUUUUCUAAAGAAAGCCCCUAUUAAUAGCCCCUGCCUGCAAGGCCCAAAUCAGUCUGAAGCUUUACAGAUUCCAAGGUGUAUAUUUCUUUCUCUCUUCUGUUUUACUUGUGUAAACAUUUUAUUUGAGCAACUACAGCCUCUUGCAGCAAAAAGUGAAGUCAAGGUGUAGCAUUUCCUGCCUUGGGCACUGCUCCUUGCCUCUAGCCAAGGGAGCUGGAGGGGCAGGUGCCCUCCUACAGGGCCUGCUACUAGGUGGAAUUGUGAUGUGUUUAUUUUGUUACGAGGACUGGUUGUAGUCUACUAACAAUCAUACGAAGACAGCCUUUCAUUUAAAAGUGAAAGGUUCUCUUCUUCAGAAGGGAACUGGUUUGGACCUGAAAGGCAGAGCCCUCUAGAAUUCGAUAACUAUACUUGCAAAUAAAACCAUUUUAAAUAAAGUCUGUUCCUCCUUGGCUUACCUGCCGGAGUUGGAGCUUGGUGGUGCUGUGCAGACCUCGCCGUGGUUUGCGCUGCGGUAGCUGGCCAAAAGCCACUGACACAGGUCUCUGUGCUUCUGCCUGUGUAGGCGGGAUCUGCGGUCACACGUGCUCCUCUCAGCAGAUAAACCGGAGAGGAACAGAUAGCUUUUUAGCGGGCACUUCGUAUCAUGUUCCGAGUGAGGGGUGUUUAGGUGUCCAGGUUGCUUGCUGUGCCCUGCUGCAGUGAAGUACAUAGGUACUGUAUAUAGUCUGUCUGCCCUUUUUUAUAAUAAAGGGUGCUGGUGUUUAAUGCAGUCUAUAACCUAGCAUUAAGGAAUACUUUCAUGUCCCCACUACAUUCCCCUCUUCCUGUAGAUUUGAUCAUAGCAGGAUUUCUGCCUGGAUUGCAUGCAUAGUGUGUGUUUUGUUUCCAGUAUAUGUGAUCUACACACAGAUGAAGGAAAGAUGAAGCGUCCCACUUGCCAGGAUCAGAAGUAGGAGGUUUCGGAGUGCGGCGGUAGAGGAGGGAUUAUGGUCCUGUGCCCAUGAGCCAGGCUGGGGACACGCUGCUCCCCGAGGCUCACUUGGCCGCUGCGCUCUAGAGCUCCGCUGCCUUGCAGGAUGGGCUUUGAGGGAAUGUUGCUCACGCUUGCAAUAAGGUGCUUGCUGGAGAAGUUGGGGCAAGGGAGAGUGGAAGAUAAAGUGUUAAAAAUAGGCUGCAGCGGAGGGGUCCUGGGGAAAGGAGUUAUCCCAUUCCCUGUGCACCCCCAGGGAGACAGGAUAAAACUCAUUCUGCUCCCUGUGAGCUGUUCAGGUUUCUAGGCUUGUGUGGAAAGGCAGUGUGCUAGCUGAACAUAUGCAUCCCUGCUUCCCUCCCCACUGCACUUGGCUAAAAGAGAUGCUAACCAGGAACGUACUCUCCAGUAAAAAGCUCUGACUUCUCAACUCGGCAACCCGUGCAGCUGCGGCUGUGCUCAGCUGUGAGUCAGCCCCUCUUGGCAGGGUGCUGAGGGGACCGAGAGGUUUGGCAGGCUCCUGAGCCUUCUGCAACGUGACUGAGGACAGCUCUGCUGCUCUGCUUAGGCUUGGCUUGCUAAGGUGCCGCGCUCUGUGCUUGGUUCGGUGCUCACAGCCUUCCUCCUCUGCUCCCGUAACCACCUCCAAUACUGCUGGUGCCGUGUAAAGAGGGUGAGGACAGCCUCCUCUCUGCUCAGACUUUAGCUCUGCUUGUUGUUGCCUAGGAAGGAGUGUCCCGCUCACAACUGCAGUGAUGUGGGAAGGCAAUGAGGGGUUCUCCCUCCUCACUGACUUAGGACUAAGAACCGAGCACCUCGUUUCAAGACAGUGAGAAAAGCUUUGGUCCCAGCUCUGGGUGACCAAUGUCCCUUGGGAUUGUGGCUGGGCUCCCCUUGCCUGGUGGCCAGCGGGAACCAUGUCCUUGUUAAGGGUUGGCUGGGAAAGAACCGGCCCUGGGGGGCUUCACUCCGCAAACAACCCGGUUGCAUUUGGCCGCUCUGUGUGGGAGCCUGUUAUCUUGUCGGCGUGAGCAUUGCCAGUUUCGUAUUUGUUGCAGCAGAGAGAAAAACAAAACAAAAGAUGUGAAAGGCCAGGAAGAGUCUCUUGUAACUGGCUGGGGGGACAGGAGGAUGGCCGCAGGAUGGGACCUGUGAGGAGGAAAGCGCGCACCACAUGUGAAACGAGGCAGCAGCCUCCCUCUGCACUGCCCGCCCUGCCUGCCCCGAGGCACUGCAGUGGCUCGCCACCCUGAACCUUCCCCGGGACAAAAAAAUUGUGAUUCUGCUUUGGCAAAAAUGCAUCGGCUGGUAGAACUCACUCUGUUAGUGCGUAUUUCGAUAUAAAUGUCAAUGUUUCACCCCA